AAAAAAACGUGAUAUUGGAGCAAAGAAGUAUCUUUCAUGGCAGCUAUAGAGUUAAUAGAGAAAUGAAUAGAACAAGAAAGUGGGAGAGAAGCAUACAAGAGUGAACGUGGACCAACCAGCUUCAUCAAUCAGAACUCGAUCCACCUCAUCCACUCCUCUUCCAUCCUCUUCUCCUGCCAAGACUCUCUCUCUCUCUCUAUAUAUAUACAUAUAUAUAUGUUUAUAUAUUUAUUUGUCUAUUUGUGUGACCUUCAUCAUCUACGAUCGAUCAAACAAAACCACAGACGCAGGCACAGAAUGGGGACUCACGUCUCGAAGCAGCUCGAGCGUCGGAAAGCAAUUUCCACAGAGAAGAAGGCACUCUCCGAUCUGCAGAAUUCAUGCGGCUGUGAUUUCCCAGGCUGCGAUUACAAGCCCUCCGAUCUCAAGAACUGGAUGUCGGGUAUCGGCCCCGACAAGCUCCUCGUCAGCAACAUCGUCUGGCCCGGAACCCACGACUCAGCCACCAACAAGAUCGGCGUUCCCUUCGUUUCCCGUCCCUUCGCACAGUGUCAGUCCCUCUCCAUCUACGGCCAGCUCGUGGCCGGAGCCCGCGUCCUGGACAUCCGAGUUCAACAGGACCGCCGUGUCUGCCACGGCAUCCUCAAGACCUACAGUGUUGACGUUGUCCUCAACGACCUCAAGCGUUAUCUGUCCGAGACACAGUCCGAGGUUGUGAUUCUCGAGAUCAGAACCGAGUUUGGACAGGACGACCCUCCAGAGUUCGAUAAGUAUCUGGUGGAGCAGUUGGGUGAACAUCUCAUUCCUCAGGAUGAUAGCGUGUUCAGCAAGAAAGUGGCUGAGCUACUGCCCAAGAGAGUGAUCUGCAUCUGGAAACCGCGGAAAUCACCUCAACCUAAACAUGGAGAUCCACUGUGGAGUGCCGGGUACCUGAAAGAUAACUGGAUCGACACGGAUCUCCCUUCAACUAAAUUCGAAAGCAAUCUGAAGCAUCUGAGCGAGCAGCCGCCAGUUUCUUCACGCAAAUUCUUCUACCGGGUUGAGAAUACAGCCACGCCUCAGGCAGAUAACCCGGUUUUGUGUGUUAAACCGGUGACUAAUCGGAUUCAUGGCUAUGCCAGGCUGUUCAUAACCGAAUGUGUCAAAAGAGGGUGUGCCGAUAAGCUUCAGAUCUUGUCUACGGACUUUAUCGACAAAGAUUUCGUAGAAGCUUGCGUCGGGCUCACAUAUGCAAGAGCUGAAGGGAAGGCUUGAAAAUUUUGCAUGGACUUGUAUUGUAUAUGUGUGGCUGUGUUAGGAUUUCUUGUGCAUGAUUUCAAAUGUUUCUUGUGUAUGAACCAAUUGGUGUAAGAUUAAGUUCUGUGUAUUCAUAUUCAUGAGUAAAUAUAUAUAUCACCUGAGGAGAUUCUCCAUAUGUGAACGCUAACCAGAGGCAAAGUUUUGGACUUUGAGCUUUCUUUGGA